AUGGAUGUCUUUUUAACUGGUUUUCCUAAAAGGCUAUUGGUGGCUGUAUCCAUAAUAGUAAUAAUAGCCAUGUGUACAACAACGGCCGAAGCGCGUUCCGUGGAACACAGGCGGCGGCAUCAGAAACGGCAGCCAGAAAUGGCACAACUUACCAAAGAGACGCUGAAAAGACCAAAAAAUCCUACAGUAGAGAGCUAUAAGAACGCAACGAGGAAAAUAAAACACAAACUAAGGAAUACGAAGAGGUUCUUCGACCAAGACAGGAAGUUGCUGAACGAGACGCGGGACUACAGGGAUGGAAUGCCGAGUUGGCUGCCUACAGUCAAUUUUGUGGACAUCCACUUCCAUGACUACAGGAUGACGAGGAAACCGGGGAGCUCGAUCACGGAGAGAAAGUUCACCUAUCUGAUGCCGAAACUGUACAAGACCCUGCGCGAAUACGAAUUACUCUUUAGAAGACUACGCAACGUCCAAGUAAACCUAUCCGACGACCCGUUCAACAACUACGUUGCUUUACGGGAGAAGAUCCUUGACAACACAAUAAACAGACUCCGAAGCACAAUGGCGGAAAUAACUGAGAACAUGGUGGCUGUGAACAUGCCAGAACCGUCGUUCGACAAAACCAAGAUCAAACUCGACACAUUGGAGAUGAAAGUUGACGCAACGCAAUGUCUCAAGAACGACUAUAUUGCGUUUAGAGGUUACGGAAACUUACUGAAUAACUGGUAUUCGGAGUUCAGAUGUCCGCUCAGUAAGAAGGACAAGAAGUGCGCCGCAUAUCACGCGAAACUGCGAGAGAAGAAAGGCAACAAGCGAUUUAGGAAUAGAAGUUGA